AUGCUCAAACAACUCUCAAACAAAAAGUAAAUUAAGAAGUUAAAAAAAACUAUACAAAAAUCUCUUAAUAAUGAAGUCCCAAUACCAGAGUUAGAUAUAUAAGAAAAAUUGAAUAAAGAAAUUGUAACAUUCAUACUUGAUGGAGCAGUCUUAUAAUUAGGAUAAUUGAAAUCUUCAAAAGUAUUAUUAAACUUUGAAGAUCAUUCUCAUUUUAUAACAAAACGAUUAGGAAGAAAUCCAGAAGAUUUCAGGUAUAAAUUAAUUAAGCAAAAGGCCAGACAUAGUACAUUAAAGUUUGUUAACACUUCUUGAUAGUCCUCUUAAUAAAGCAGGCUUAUUGAAAGUAUUGAUAAGGACAGAAGAUAAUAGAUUAAUUGAAAUUAAUCCAGUCACUAAAAUACCUAGAACUUUUAAAAGGUUUAGUGGAAUGAUAGCUAAAUUAUUAGAGACAGCAAAAAUUCAAUCAGAUGAUUAAGUAUUACUUCAAAUUCACAAUGAUACAGUCUAAGAGUAUUUUUCCAAUGAAGCUUAUAUUGUAGCAACAUCACACAAAGCUAAAUUGGUUGAUUUAAAAGAAUAUAUUUAAAAAAAGCAUAAUGUAUAAAUAUAUAUAAACUUAUAAUUUUAGUUGGUUUUUGUGAUUGGAGCUGUAGCUAAAGGUAAUCCAGGUCUAGAAUGUAAGUUUAGUAAUGAUUGUAUUUCAAUUUCGAGAUACUAAUUAAGUACAUCUAAUUGUCUGUCCAAAAUUAUUGACACAUUUGAGGAAUAUUAUUCAAUAAUUUGA